AUGACUAGUCAUGCAGUACAGUUAUUGGUAGAGCUUAGAACAUUGCAUGUAGAAAUUGCACUUCGGGAUGAUAUACUUCUUGCAAGUAUGCAUGUCAAGCCUUUAUUGGACAGUAAAAUUCAAGGAAGGCAGAUAAGUGAUCCAUAUUUAAGAAAAAUGAAGGAUAAAGUGCAACAAGGAAUGAAUGAACAGUUUGCGUUGAGACACGAUGGGAUGUUGUUGAUUAAUGGACGUAUUUGUGUUCCAAAUAUAAGAGAAUUGAAAGAAGAAAUUCUAAAUGAAGCCCAUUAUGCACCGUACCCAAUGCAUCCAGGAAGCACUAAAAUGUACAGGGAUUUACAAUCCUUUUAUUGGUGGUCUACAAUGAAGAAAGAUACAGCUGAAUGUGUAGCAAAAUGUUUAACAUGUCAACAAGUAAAAGCUGAACAUCAGGCACUAGCUGGGAAUUGGGAUGAGCACUUACCAUUGAUUGAAUUUGCUUAUAAUAACAGUUAUCAUUCGAGUAUCGGUAUGGCUCCAUAUGAAGCUCUAUAUGGCAGAAGAUGUAGAAGUCCUGUUUGUUGGGAUAUGGAUGGGUUACGACAAUUAGAAGAUCCUGAAUUGAUACAAGAAACUGUAGACAAGAUUCAAAUAGUCAAAAAAUGCUUAAAGGCUGCACAAGACAGACAAAAGAGUUAUAUGUACAAGCAUAGAAGAGAGAUGGAGUAUGAAGUGGGUGAAAAAGUAUUUUUGAGAGUGUCACCAUGA